AUGGCAAAUGUAAUUGAUCAAUUACUUGAACAUCAAAAUCAAAAUGCUAAUAUUACAUAUCUUUUAUCUUUAUGUGAACACGGUAAUCUACAUUUACGUAGUGCAUGUGCAAAUUUACUUGUUACAUUAAUUCAAACAACAAUUCAUCUUUUAACACUAUCAUCAUUAUCAAAUUCAUUUAAUAAUUCUUUUAUUAAUCAAUGUUCACUUGUAUCAACUGAUUCACAAGAUAGUUCAAGUCAUGCAUUUACAAUCAUAGGAAUUGAAUUAUUAGAAGAUUCUAUUCAACAUACUACAAGUUCCUGUAUUCUUGCUAAACAUUUUAUUUAUUGUAUUGCUGAAUUUCUUGUUAUGUUAUCACAUGAUACAUUUCAUUCAAAACAAGUUAUUAACAUACAAGAUUUAAUAAAACAUUAUGAUUCACUAUUAGCAAGUGGACAUGAAUCUGAAACACAUGCUUUGACAGCAUUAGAACCAGUUUUAUAUGAUUUUUUUUCUUUUAUUGUUAAUAGUGUUCAAAUUGAAGAUGAUAAAUGGGAACGUCUUUCACGACAAAUUGUUCAUUUACUUCUUGCUCAUUUACAAUCUCAGAAUGAUGUUUUAUUAUCAGUUAAUGGAACACGAGAUGAAACUUUUAGUAGAGCUUUUCUUCGUGUUUUACAUGAUAUAAUAUUAUGA